UCACGAGGUGCAGCGCGUAUAAUUUAAAUGAUGAGAUAAGCUAUUGCUAUAUAUCAAAGUACGCUAAAAAAAAAAUUGAAUUCGUACAUUGGAUCAAUGCGUAUACACUAUAUACGUUAGAUAAUACGUAUAUUAUAACAUGAUGUUGCAGCACAUAUUUAUGGUUCAUUCAUUAUAUAUACAAUGGCGUAUAGUACGUUUACUACACCACUUAUUUCCAGGAAUUCACCCAUUUGGAAAAAUCAUCAAACUCUUUCGAAUGGAAUACAAUUCAGAUCAAAUGAUAUCAUAUCCCACGUCGAACAAAAUGUAACCAACAAACUGUCUAAAGGAGAUCUUUACCCGCAGAUAUUAGCAAGUGUAGUUGCUUUUUUGUUGGUCACUCAGCCUGGAAUCAAUAUGGUUUACUCGAACAUAUUUCUGAAUCACUACGAAUUUACAGAUGUUUCAGAGUUAUCUUGGUUAACUAGCAUUCUAGUGUUUUGCACACCAAUCGGGGCGAUUGCGAUUGGCAUCAUAAUGGACCGAAUCGGCAGGAAGAACGCGUUUUUACUCACGUCCGUACCGCUCUUGAUAUCCUGGUCGAUUGCUUCGAUUGCUCGACCUGAAAACAUGGUUUUGAUCUACGCGUGCCGAUUUUUCGCCGGCAUUGGCGGAGGCAUGACAUCUAUGGUUGUCGUUUACGUUUCGGAAAUAGCUCACUCUUCGUAUAGACAAGUGCUGUUGUCGUUGAACAGCGUGUUUUUUUCGGUGGGCGUACUGUUCGCAACCUCGGUCGGAUCACUGUUCCAUUGGCAGACAGUUAACGUGAUAUUUUUCUUAUUCACGGCCAUCACGACAGUGCUUCUAGUCAUCUUUCUGCCGGAGAGUCCGGUUUGGUUAGCCAAGUUUCGGACUGAUCAUAUCUACGACGUCAGGAGUUCGAUGAGAAGAAUAUACCCGAAAAACAAUCAAGUGUUUACUGAGGAAUUGGACCGUCUGUCCCGCGAUCCGAAGACUACGACGACCACGGAUGGAUCAGCAGUGCAUACGCAACAGCCGCACUGCAGCAGUUGCGGACGAGCUACUCGGCGGCGGAAGCGGAAGUGGUGCGGCUGGUGGCGUUCGCCGCAGCCGCGGAGCGUGACCCGGCCGGUUCGCGUGCUGGCCACCGUGUUCCUGUUACAGCAAUUGAGCGGCUGUUACCCGGUGAUAUUCUACGCAGUGCCCGUCCUACGGUCGGUGGCCGGUACCGUCGCCAUCGGCGGACCGUACUCGGACAUGGACGUGAUGGUGGCGCUGGGCGCCGUCCGGCUGCUGACCAGCGUUGUGGCGUGCGCGCUGUCCAUGCACAUCGGCCGCCGGCCCCUGCUCAUCGCAUCGUCGUUGGCCAUGGCGUGCUCGGCUGCCAUGGUGGCCCUGACCUGCGGCCCGGCGACCGCGCCGCUGUGGCCGCUGAUCGGCGUCGCGGUGUUCGCUUGCGGCGGCUCGGCCGGCGUGCUCGUGUUCCCGUGGACGUUGGUCGGCGAACUGUUGCCCGUCUCGGUCCGGGCAUCGGCCGGCGCCGCGCUCGUGGCGUACGCGUACACGCUCAUGUUCGUCGUGCUCAAAGCGUUCCCGUAUGCGGUGGCCGACGGCGGCGACGGUAGCGGCGGUCGCGUGGCCACGACUUUCGCCGCGUUCGCCGCCGCAUCGCUGGCCAUGGCCGCGUACGUGUACGCCCGCCUGCCCGAAACGAUGGGCAAGCGGUUCGACGAGAUCGAAGCGCACUUCGCCGAUGAACGCGACCCGGCCACCGCGGGUGCACAUCACGACGUCCGCUGCAAGACGACCUAUAAUAUGACGCCGCCGUGAUAUCGGCAUAACACGUGCCUAACGGUUACAAUACCAACUCCGUCGUGUCGCAUUAUUGUAACGGGCGAUAAUCGUCGCAGUUAUUAUAAUAUUAUGUGUAUAUUAUUAUAUAUAUAUAUGUGUGUGUGUGUGUGUGUGUGUGUGGGUUAGAAGAAUGUGAAUAUCAUAUUAUUAUAUUGCAUUGACUAUUGAGUCAAUUUGGUGAAAUUCGACCGGAAAUCAUGCCGACGACUUAUCAGGAAAAAUAUUUUCUACCUGUUAUUUUCGCAUUUUCGAAAUACUUUACGUUUCUGUCGACUUAUUUCAUCUCAAACUAUACAUGCGAAAACUGUAAAAGCCAACGACGAUAAUAAUAUGAUAGUCAGCGAUUUCACUCACAACAGUAAAAAAAUUAAUGAUUUUAUUAGUAUACUAUAUGUAUUAAUAAUAAUAUAGUAGUGUGACAUAAUGUCCCUCUUACUCGCGGCACCGUCCGAUGUAUGCACGAUGAAACCGUGUCGUAGAAUGUAUCGUAAGCACAGUACAUCAAAAUAUGUACUUCAUUUAGUAUUCGAAGUUGAGGGGCGCAGUGAUGAAGGGUCGAAGAACGCGUUCGCUUCUAUAGUAUGAUAUUAUGCGAAUACGAUCGUUAUGAAAUUAGAAUUGCACUUUUUUUUUUAUCUGUAUACAACCGCAAUUCGUGUUUUUUUUCUUCGAAUUUUUAAUUUAUUAUUAUUUUUUUAUUAAUAUUUUAUAUUAUUAUUUUAAAACUACAAUAAUAUGUAAAUCAAAGACUUAAAUAAAAGCAGUAUUUAUCGAGCGGUUUUUACCGCGACGAUACUGGAAAAUAAUACGAUAUAAUAUUUUUUAAGAAAAAUGUAAAUAUCGUUUUGUAUUAUUACAUUAUCAUACAUUCCUUCCGCAUCGCUACGUUUAAAACUGCUAGCACAAUUUAUAGCGGAAAAUUCUUCGAGUAUCUCGAUAACGGGGACACGAAGUAAUUCCUCGUAAAAUAUACACGCGUGUUCGGUGAUGCUAUACUAUAAUAAUAUUGUAGUAUUUGUAGUGUAGUAGUAAAUAUUCACUAGGAUACACGAGUUGCGGUAAACUCGACAGGAUAACGUAUUAAGCGAAGAGAUAUAUUAUAUAUAAUACUCCAUAGAUGAUAGAUAAGUCGAUUGGUAAAUCAGUGGACUACUCAGUCAUGGCUUGCGUGAUAGUGGUGAUGGGGGGAGAGAUGAUGAUUUUUUAUCAAUAAUUUGUUAUUUUCUACGAAUAUCAUUGUAUGGAAAUACAAUUUUUAAUACAAAGUCAUGUCCUGCAUAAUACGUCCCACAAGACACUGAGAAAAUUUUUAAAUUUUCCUGAAAUUUCGUGGAGAGCUGUAGCUUAUCUGUUCCACAACCCCUUGGCUACGCCAAUUUCUUUUGUAUCUAACUCAUGAGGAACAUUUUCAUAAUAAUAAUAAUUAUAAAUAUAUUAUAUUAUAUUUAAUACCAUAA